UGCAUAGAUGGCAGGAGUAGGUGACAUGGGUAUGUCAUUGGUGAUACUCUUUUGUCUUUAACAGCUGUCUGAGUUGAGACGGAGUGCCUUUCCUCAUUUUUACUGAAAUCUGUAAUAUUCAAGGUUCGUAAACAUACACGGGAUAUAUAAAUUAAUUUGUAGAAAUCUUUGGACUAAUUGAUGUAAUCAGGUUACUCCUGCCAACUUGACUUGUACUAGAAUGGUGACCGCUUGAAGAUAGCACUUUUAGACAAUAUUAAUUUCGUGCAUUUCUGUUACUUUGUGCCAUGAUGACAUUCAGUCCCACAUGAUGUUGGUCGGUGGUCAUUAAGAUUCAUGGGCAUUCGAUCGGUUUAUUCGGCCGCGCUAUGGCGACAGAUGGCGGAUGAAGUUUCAGAUAGACAAAGAGUCUGGCCAGAAUGGAUUUACUACGAAAGAGGCUUGUGAAAAUGGUGACGGAGAGAUUGGGAGAUUGGCAUACGCAUGUUUGCUGAAAAACGAACUUCUUGGGGCCAACAUUCAAGAUCUUAGAGACCCAUGUGAUGAGAGAAGAGCGCCCAUUCUAGGAUCAAAUGUCUUUUCCUUGUCACCACUUAGUGCACAAAGCCAUAAGUUGCUUAGUGCACCGAGAAGGUCAAGGAGGAAAAUAUCACCAGUACCCUACAAGACGUUGGAUGCCCCUGAUCUCCAAGAUAACUUCUACCUCAAUCUUAUUGACUGGUCUUCAGAGAAUGUGUUAAGCGUGGGAUUAGGAAGUUGCGUAUAUCUUUUUUGUGCAAGCACUAAUCAGGUUGGAAGACUGUGUGAUUUAUCUGGAGAUGGCACCUCUGUAACUUCAGUUGCAUGGAAUGAACAGGUAAGUAUUGGCCAGACUAUUUUUACUCAGGUUGUUGAAAAGUAUUUCUGUUAAAUUUGAAUUUUAUUG